AUGGCAGCUGUCGCUACUCCCAAGACUAUGAGCCCACCCACCACCCACGAAGCUCUGAUGAGCUUCUCUCAGAACCUGAUCAUCGUGCCGGGAAACAAGUCUACUAAGAUGCUCGAAGAUGGACUUCCUCCUGCUCCACCACCCUCGCCUGUUUCCUUCGCUGUUGACAGUAACGGCAAGGCCUCUAUCAAGCAUGAGAAGAUUCCCAGUCUCAGUCUUGAGUAA